AUGCCGGCUGCACGCAUCAGUCCUUCAGCCUUGAAUGAUCGGGAUCCAAAUACGCAGCUAACACGAAUUGCCGAUAAGCCCACGCUCAAAGCGACGAAAGAAGUACCACCAAAACGGUCAGAUGCCAACAUCGAAGCACUCAAGAAAGUAGCAGAGUCAUUGCGGCCAGAGCCAUUUCCAGAAAGUGCAGCAACACUUCCCGAAGUUCAAGAUCGAGAGGAAAUCCGAACCUCGUUCUCCCAACCGCAGCCUGAUUCUUCGGCACUUCUCGCACGUCUCGACUCGUUUCUGGAGGUCCAAAAGCAUCAGCAGAAGCAGAUCAACACCCUCAUAGCCGCAGUGUCAACGCUAACGUCAUCGAUCGAAAACAUCGACUCUCAAGUCGACUACAUCGAAGGGGGUGUUGAUCAUACGAAUCGGGGCAUCACCUGCUCAGGCUUGACCCUGGAAUCGAUUCACCAUUCAGUCGUGGGAAAGAAUAUGUAG